AUGACCCCCAUUCAGAAGCCAGUAUCAGCCCAGCCGGCGCUGGCAUCUCCGGCAUCUCCUCCCGCCUCUUCGACUCCCUCCUCCGAAUCUUCUUCUGCUUCUGCUUCUGCUUCUGCUUCCCCCUCUUCUGCUCCAGUCGCAAUGGCAAAGACUUAUCCUCCUGUACAGCCUGGAGGCAGUUUGAUCUUAGCCUGGCAAAUCAAGCACAAGAAGGUGCUUGUUGUCGGCGGUGGUGAGGUCGCUGCUGGUAGAAUUCUAAACUGCCUCAACGCCGAUGCCAACGUCACUGUCGUGUGCCCCAAGUCCGGCCUCAAUGAUGAAGUCGCCUACCGAGUCAGCGAAGGCCAAGUCGCUCACGUCGACCGAGUAUUCGAGCCCGAAGAUUUAGACGGAGCCAGCAUGGUUCUGGUCGCUAUCGACGACCCGGCCGCCUCGACCGUCAUUUGGAAGCUUUGCAAGGAGCGAAGGAUCCCCGCCAACAUCGCCGACGUACCACCCGAAUGCGAUUUCUACUUCGGCAGUAUCCAUCGCGAUGGUCCCCUCCAGAUUAUGGUCAGCACCAACGGCAAGGGACCCAGGUUGGCGGCGGCUAUUCGGCAGUUCAUCGCUAAGCAACUACCCAAGAAUGCUGGUAAUGCCAUCGAGACUAUCGGUGAACUACGACUCAGAUUAAGAAAAAUGGCCCCCAAGCCUGAGGAUGGACCCAAACGAAUGCUUUGGAUGUCCAAAGUUAGCGAUACCUACAAGUGGGACGAGAUGUGCGGCCUCACAGACGAAGAUAUGGACAAUCUCCUUCUAUUUUAUCCUGCCAACAAAGUCCCUGCCAUGGACGUUCUGCUAGCCCUCCGAGGAGGCACCGACGUCAAGAAACUCGACGUCUUUGAUGGCUCAUUCGGCUUCAGUGUCGGCGCCUAG